AUGACGACGUCUGCGCAGAGAUCGUGGAAGAGGCCGACGUCGUCCGCGUUCGACGUGCGCUCGGAGAUCGUGGAGGAAGGGAAAGAACGUGAUCAGGGCAGGGAGAGGGCGGUGCUGGCGGCGCCGAUGGUGGGUGGCGAUUGGGGAGGAGAUUGGGCGCCCGAGAUUCCGGUUUCUUCCCUUUCGUUGGUUCAGUGCGGAGCGGCAAUCGCAGGGGCCAUGGAGGAGGGCAGCGGCAUCGCGGAAUCAACGGCGCGGAGCGGCAUUGCAAGGUGCGGAGCAGGAUCGCAGCGGGGCGCGGAGCGAGGAGACGAUCACACGCGGGAGGGCAGAGAGGCUUACCUGCCUGGGCGUCAAGCCUCGAUGAAGCGACGUCCUUCCGUAUGGACGCAACAUGAUCAGGCUGUCUCUGUUCGCCUUCGCGUUGUGCCGUCCUUUGAUCAGGCGAGAUUAGGAACGACUUCCUUAAUCAUUGGCUGGAACGAUGAGGAAACACAUACGAUGGAGAUCCAGAAGAAUGCUCACCAAACAACAUCUGUAGCAGCCGCUACGGCCUACGGUGACGCCUCGCGCUCCUGCGGAUGCGGAUUAGAGUGCGCGACGCCGAUGCUGACCAGAAGACGCGACCACAACGUGGAUCGGCCUGAUGGACAUGAAUACCUGAUGAUCUACGUGGGGCAGGGCAAGGACAACAGAGCUCCGUCAUCGGGCCUUCUCCUUCUCGGCACGGCGUUGCGGCGACGGCGCGGGCGGACGCGGUGCGCGACGACGGCGAGGGCGGAGAACGGCGGGGAAGUCGCGUUUUAG